UGUGCCUGAGGAUCCAGAUCAACCCCCAGAACAAGGGCGAGUUCCAGGGCAUCUCACCUGAGAGGGCCUUUGCUGACUUCCUCUUUGCCAACACCAUCCUCCAUCUUGUUGUCAUCAAUUUCGUGGGCUGA